UAUGUCAAACGCGAGUCUCAGUUCCUUCAGUAGAGGACAGUAGAAAUUUGAUUCAAUAUCGACUGAAAUUGUUCACUUUGGUGCUGUCUCCGUCGAUUUUUUCACUAACAAUGUUGACCAACCCAAUUCAACAGGCUGCCCGCAUGUUGGGAGUUCAAGCUCGUCGCAAUUACGGUGUGACGGCUGUCGUACUGUCCAAAGCGACCGAUCCGAUUCAGCAGCUCUUUGUCAACAAAUUGCGUGAAUACGCCAAUAAGAGCAAGGGCGCUGGUGGCAAGCUAGUCGAUCCAACGCCGGAAAUCGAACGCGAACUAAAGCAGGAACUGGAAAAGUUAGCCAAACAGUACGGAGGAGCUGGUGGUGACGAUAUGACCGCGUUCCCUAGCUUUAAAUAUGAAGAACCCAAGCUUGGACCGGUCAGUUCCAGCAGUUAAAUUCAGUUCAAAGAGUGAAAAUUGAAAAGUAUCGCGGAAUAAAUUGUUAGCCUCUAGGAAAGAGCUAAGAUUGU